AUGAAUUGGGAGACAAAUGUGAACUCUUAUACCACUCCGAGUCAGAUCCCCGACCAGGAACUCACCAAAGAGUAUGUCAUUCCAAGAGACUACCCAUCGAUUGAUGAAUGUAUAGCCAAACAGGGCUAUCAACUAGGGGAUGUGAUCGCUCCUAAAACCUCUGGAUCUAAGACAGAAGUGAUCAAAUUGUAUGGAUUGGAGACCAAAGAGGUAUUCGCCUGUAAAGUGAUUCCACUGGAAAAGGAUAGCGUCAAUAGUUUCCCUGCUUUUAAUAAUUUAAAAAAUGAAAUUUUUGUCAUGAGAAGGGUUCAGGAGUGUCCCAAUAUUAUCCAUAUGUAUCGACACUUUAUUAUAAAACAACACAUCAUUGAAAAGGAUAUGGAAAGCAUAAGACUGAUCGCUUAUAUAGUGAUGGAAUACGCGAGCGGAACGGUACUCCACAAAAUGACUGUCUGUUACGAGUCCACUGGAAAGCCUAAUAUAUUGAAAGCAUUGUCGGAAAAGAAAGCAAAACAAUAUUUCAAAGACAUGGCAAAUGGGAUUCAUUACUUGCAUUCAAUAGGAAUAACACAUAUGGAUAUAAAGUUAGGAAACAUGUUAGUCGUGAACGAACACAAUGAAGAAGUGGUCAAAGUUUGCGAUUUCGGUGUAAGUCAUGUGAGUCAGCCUUCCGAUAAAGGACACAAAGGACAGGUCGUUAAAUAUAGGACAGCCAUCGGAACCAUUGAUUACUUUUCACCGCAAAUGUUGAAACUGAUUAUACGGGAGGAGUGGCACAAAGAUGUGGGACGAGUCAAAGAAUACGACAGUUUUAAGUCAGACGUGUGGGCUCUUGGAGUAUGUCUUUGUGCCAUGAUUUGCGGUCAUUUGCCCUUCAAAUUGAAAGCCGAUGACCAGAAACUAUCCACUCACUCGUAUACCGACACAAUGUUCUAUACGGUGGGGGCGGCGGUGCCCUAUAACGCGUAUGGCGGUCAUCAAACACCAAUGCCACCCCCGGGCACCUAUUCUCCCGAAGAAUUGGAGUGUCUUAAAGACCGAAAGUGGUGGGCAUUCCUAUUGUCCAGUAUAUUUACAUUACUCGCAGGAAUUUUCAUUGUAUUGAUUUACCGAUUGAUCGAAUUCUUGUGUUCGGGCUCAUCGGCUCAUAACCAGCAAUCAAAUGCACCGAACAAUAAGGCCAAACAACAAAUGCCAAGCCUUCAGGUGAAAGACAUCAAACCCAGUUUGCCAACAGAGCCCCUGCCCCUCACUAAGGACUUGGGAUGGAUGACAGAGGCUAAGGACUGGGCCGGAGAACUCAUUUCCGGUCAAUCGACUACUGGAAGGAUUCUCGUGGUUCUUGUAUUCCUCCUCUCCAUCGCAUCUCUAGUGAUAUAUUUCAUCGAUGCCUCGAGUGAUAGCGUAGAGAAGUGCCAGAAGUGGAACGACAACGCGACACAACAAGUAGAUCUGGCCCUCAAUAUCUUUUUUAUGGUCUAUUUUUUUAUCCGGUUUAUCGCCGCUUCCGAUAAGCUAUGGUUUAUGUUAGAGUUGUAUUCAUUUGUCGAUUACUUCACGAUUCCUCCGUCUUUUGUGUCCAUAUAUUUAGACAGAACUUGGAUUGGACUGCGAUUUUUACGCGCACUACGACUCAUGUCUUUUCCGGAUAUAUUGCAGUAUUUAAACGUUUUAAAGACUUCUUCGUCCAUCCGUUUGGCCCAAUUGGUCUCCAUUGUAGUGUCCGUAUGGUUGACCGCCGCCGGACUCAUACAUUUAGCUGUGUUUGCCUCAUUGGUGCCCGAAAUAACAGAACUGGUGGGACAUCCCUCUAAAUAUGCUGGCAAUUACCAGAAAAAUCCCGCUAAAAAGCAUAUAGUAGUCUGUGGACACAUCACUUACGAGAGUGUCAGUCACUUUCUUAAGGACUUCCUCCACGAGGACAGAGAGGAUGUGGACGUAGAGGUUGUGUUCCUCCAUAGAAAGCCCCCCGAUCUCGAACUCGAAGGUCUGAUUAAGCGUCACUUCACAACUGUUGAGUUCUUUCAGGGAUCAGUCAUGAAUCCAAUUGAUUUGAAUCGCGUUAAGGUUCACGACGCGGACGCCUGUCUAGUGUUGGCCAAUAAGUACUGUCAGGAUCCCGACGCCGAGGACGCGGCCAACAUUAUGCGAGUCAUAUCUAUCAAGAAUUAUAGCGACGAUAUCCGAGUUAUAAUCCAAUUAAUGCAAUACCACAAUAAGGCAUAUCUACUGAACAUUCCCUCUUGGAAUUGGAAAAGAGGCGAUGAUGUCAUAUGUGUUAGUGAAUUGAAGUUAGGUUUCAUUGCACAGUCCUGUUUGGCCCCGGGUUUCAGUACAAUGAUGGCCAACCUCUUUGCCAUGAGAUCAUUCAAAACAUCUCCAGACAUGCCUUCGUGGCAGAACGACUACCUGUGCGGCACAGGGAUGGAGAUGUACACCGAGAACCUGAGUCCGGCGUUUGCGAACAUGACGUUCGCUCAGGCGUCUGAACUAUGUUUCGUGAAACUCAAGCUCCUCUUACUGGCCAUUGAGGUGACCAACGAGACGGGCGAUGGGAGCGCCAACAUUGUCAUCAACCCUAAGGGCAAUCAUCGCAUUCAAAACACAACGCAGGGAUUCUUCAUCGCACAAAGUGCUGAUGAAGUCAAACGCGCCCUUUGGUUUUGCAAGAGUUGUCACGAAGAUGUGAAGGACGAGAAGUUGAUCCGCAAGUGCAAGUGCAAGAAUCCUGACAGCGGCUAUGGACUCAAUCAGACCUUAGGAAUGGCUGAUGGAAACAUGUCUACUCUAUCGCUGCAUCCGACUAACACACCCCCAGAAAUACCCAAAAUUUCCAGAAAGCUUAGAGAUUUCGUUCCAAUUCUUGACUUUUUAGGCGACAAUUCUGGAGAUCCGAGUGAAAGCAUCCAUCUGAUCCCUCCAACGUCCACCACAUCUGCUGGUGGCAGGAGAGCGGCUCGCAAUGGCAAACACGUGACCACUCCUCCACAGAACAGUCAAGUCCCUCAUCAACGGAACAAACAGAUGAUAUCACAACAUAUACCACAUUCACAGCACUCACAGCCACAACCAACGCAACCUUCACUCCCAUCACAACAGUCUGUGCUCUAUAAUCAGGUCCACUUAGCCUAUGAGGUCAAGAAACUCAUGCCGGCCGCCCAGCGAAUCGCCGAUAUCGCGGCCACUGGCGGGACGAACACCAACACCAGCGCCGGCUUUAUUGACUCCAAAGACUUUGAUUUUGAGAAGACAGAGAUGAAGUACGACUCGACCGGAAUGUUUCACUGGUUCCAUCUGAUCCCUCCAACGUCCACCACAUCUGCUGGUGGCAGGAGAGCGGCUCGCAAUGGCAAACACGUGACCACUCCUCCGCAGAACAGUCAAGUCCCUCAUCAACGGAACAAACAGAUGAUAUCACAACAUAUACCACAUUCACAGCACUCACAGCCACAACCAACACAACCUUCACUCCCAUCACAACAGUCUGUGCUCUAUAAUCAGGUCCACUUAGCCUAUGAGGUCAAGAAACUCAUGCCGGCCGCCCAGCGAAUCGCCGAUAUCGCGGCCACUGGCGGCACGAACACCAACACCAGCGCCGGCUUUAUUGACUCCAAAGACUUUGAUUUUGAGAAGACAGAGAUGAAGUACGACUCGACCGGAAUCGCCGGCUUUAUUGACUCCAAAGACUUUGAUUUUGAGAAGACAGAGAUGAAGUACGACUCGACCGGAAUGUUUCACUGGUGUCCCGCCCGACCCAUCGAGGAAUGCAUACUCGACAGGAAUCAGGCGGCGAUGACUGUCCUCAACGGUCACGUUGUCGUCUGUUUGUUCGCAGAUCCAGAUUCACCGCUCAUUGGCCUAAGAAAUCUUGUGAUGCCAUUAAGAGCUUCAAAUUUUCAUUACCACGAACUCAAACAUGUGGUGAUCGUUGGAAAUGUCGAAUAUCUGCGGCGAGAGUGGAAAAUGCUGCAGAACUUGCCUAAGAUUAGUGUAUUGAACGGCUCUCCCCUAUCGCGCGCGGACUUGAGAGCCGUUAAUAUAAACUUAUGUGAUAUGUGUGUCAUAUUGUCGGCAAAGAUUCCCUCAUCAGAUGAUCCCACGUUAGCUGAUAAGGAGGCCAUUUUGGCGAGUCUUAACAUCAAAGCCAUGACAUUUGAUGACACUAUUGGCGUCAUUACUAAUAAUGCAACCAAUGGUACAGCCAUUGGAAACACUAUUCCGGGGACUUCUCCCCCACCUCUGGUUGUGCAACGAAGAGGUUCCGUUUACGGCGCAAACGUACCUCUGAUAACAGAACUGGUAAACGACACAAACGUCCAGUUCUUAGAUCAAGACGAUGACGACGACCCGGACACUGAGCUAUACCUGACUCAGCCGUUCGCGUGCGGCACCGCUUUCGCCGUCUCUGUCCUCGACUCCCUUAUGUCCACCACUUAUUUCAAUGCAAAUGCGUUGACUUUGAUCCGGUCUCUCAUCACUGGUGGCGCCACUCCUGAACUAGAGCUCAUCUUAGCGGAGGGCGCGGGUCUUAGAGGCGGGUAUUCAACGCCCGAAACCUUAAAAAAUCGCGACCGCUGUCGAGUCGGCCAAAUCAGUCUAUACGACGGCCCUCUCGCCCAAUACGGAGAGAGCGGCAAAUAUGGCGAUCUCUUUCUGGCGGCCCUUCGCUCUUAUGGUAUGCUAUGUAUCGGUAUUUACCGGUUCCGGGACACCACGGGAACGGCUGAGGCCUCAUCCAAACGAUAUGUCAUCACAAACCCUCCCAACGAAUUGAUCCUAAUUCCCAGUGAUAUGAUCUUUGUGUUACUGCAAUUUGAUCCAGGUCUGGAGUACUACAAGGCUGAGAGGGGGCACAAUCCGGGGGCCCAGAGAGCCCAUUUGAAUGAGCAAUUAAUAGGCAAUAAUUCGGUGACAACUGUGCCGCAGACACAGGCGGGUCAGCCUCCCUCUUGACAGAUACUUUGUAGCGCUCUCACGGACGGGCCAUACUCAUUCAUUUAAAUGACCAAGUUUAAAUGAAAGGGUAGAGUCUGUACCGUCUGAGUGCUACUCUCAUAAGAACUUACAACGAAUCUGUUAUAAGUUUCAUAUAAUAACGAAUAUUUUCAACUAUAAACUCCUCAUAUAUUUCAGUCUCACAUAUAAUGUAUAUUUGGAUUGAAUGUUGAGAAUUAUUUUGAUAAUUAAAAACCAAAAGUAUAGCUAAUGUUGUCAUUCGUUGACUGACUCUGAGUUAAAACUAAAGAAUUAUCGAUAAAAUUGUUGUAAAUGUUGUUAAAAUUAAUCGUUGAGAGCCACUGAUAAGUAGGAUGUCAUCCAAUGGGUCACACAGUCAUCCCUGUCAUUGACUUCUAGGCGCAGCUAUUUUUACAUACAAUACAUAUAUUUAUUGCUCAUUAGAUCUCAUUAUUAGCUCAUUUAGAGAUUAAAUCUAUAUUUCAAACGAAAUAAUUGUUGAAAUAAAAGUUAAUAACAAGUUAUCGUCUAAUCAAUCGACUAAUCGAUAAACACAUCUCUCAAGUGUUGUCCUUUUGCUACGAAUUUGUUUAAAUGAUAUGUUUUUGUGCUCUUUAUUAAUAUCUAUUAAUAUUAAUAACGAUUAUAUUAUUUUUCAUAAUUCAAUACGAAAUACAACCAGUUAUUAAACACUCUAUUGGUUAUCAUUUUCUGAUUAUAUACCGGUU